AUGAAGUUCAUCACGAGUAUCGCUACCAUCCUCCUGGUUUCGACCUCGGUCAUUGCUAUCCCAGCCAGCCCCAUCGCCACUCCAAACCCUCAUCUCGAGCCAAUGUGGCCAAAAUGCGUCAAAUUUUACAAAGCUACAGGAGGUGAAACGUGCGACUCCAUCGCCUCCAAAAACAACAUCACAAAAGCCGAUGUUAUCGGCCUGAACCAGGCCAUUGGCGGCCUCCGUGGAUGCUCAAUGAACAACAUCUUUGAGGGUUACUGGUACUGUGUCAAGCCAGAUGGCUGGUAA